CUUCGUGGGAAAACCGGGAUGUACUGAGUCACAAAACAGGUGUACCCAUUGAUGUGCCACAAAAGCCAAACACAGCGCACAGCUGCUAGCUAAAGAGUCAUAGUAAAGAAAGAAGCACAGGCCUAGCGAUAGUGAAAGUGUUACAGUGUUUGUUACAGUUGUUUUUAAGGUGGUUUCGGGGACGUAGCCGUCUCUUAUUUAAUUCUUGUUUUUGCAUCUGUUGCAACUGAAGUCAGCCGGGGUUUCUCAUGAUUUUCCUGAAAACUGUCAAGAAGUAGAGCGAAGAGGUUGGUUUGAUGUGCGUGAAGUCAAGACAAGAGGCACCAUGAGUGCGGAGAUAGAUGCACUGACUGUAGUGAACCAGCUGCGAGAUCUUGCUGCGGACCCCCUGAACCGGAGAGCCAUCGUAGAAGACCAAGGCUGUCUGCCAGGGCUCAUCCUUUUUUUGGACCACCCGAACCCACAGGUCGUCUACUCUGCACUAUUGGCCGUGCGCUACCUGGCAGAAUGUCGAGCCAACAGGGAGAAGAUGAAGGCCGAGCUGGGCAUGAUGCUGAGUUUGCAGAAUGUCAUGCAGAAGAGUACGUCGCCUGGGGAGACCAAACUGCUGGCCUCUGAGAUCUAUGAGAUUUUGCAGUCGGCUGGUAAAGAAGAGGCCGAGCAGGCCGAGGCGGCAGCUGCCUCCUGCCAGCGUAAAGCCCACUUCUUCCUGGGCUCCAACAACAAGAGGGCCAAAACUGUGGUGCUGCACAUUGAUGGACUGGACGACCCUACUCGAAGGAGCCUUUGCGAGGAGGCGUUGCUGAAGAUUCGGGGGGUCAUCAGCUUCACCUUCCAGAUGGCUGUCAAGAGGUGUGUUGUCAGGAUCCGCUCCGACCUUAAAGCUGAGGCGUUGGGCACAGCAAUCAACUCCACCAAAGUAAUGACGGCUCAGCAGGUGGUGAAGACGGAUGAUGGAGGAGAGCUGAUGGUGCCAUUCCAGGAGGACUCGGCGGUGCUGGUAGAGGAGAACACGGACAUCCCGGACUACCUGCCCGAGGAGGAGAGUCCAUCCCAGGAGCAGGACAAGGCCGUCACGCGCGUAGGCUCCAUCACGGACGGCAUGGGCUGGCUCAGCACGGCUGCCAACUUCCUGACGCGCUCCUUUUACUGGUGACCACUUCCUGUGUUUCCCUCUGUGCUCCCCGUUUUCUCCAUCCAGCUGCAGCCUUAGCGUCUCUCAGCCUCGUCCCGGACUAAGCCCUGCCUCACGGCGCUACACUAGUCUAGACUUCCCCUCUGCAACGCGCACAGACCCCAGCCACGCGUGUGCAACAAGUGCUGGACUGCCAAGUGGAACCUGCAAUAACUUAAACUUGUGUAUAUAUUGAGCUACAAAUCCUAUCUGUGCACAACUAUAUACUAGCUGCAUAUGUAUCUCACGAGGCGUAGCCAGAGGACUUGAAAUCAGAGGAAACCAAAUAACAUUCUGGAAAUGUGUAUCGCUGCGUUUUGAGUUGGCGUGUGGCAGGCGUAUUUAAUUGUUCUGAGGCUGAUUUUGAAUCAGAAAAUUGGGAGUUCCUUUUUUUUUGCGCAUGAUUUUUUCGUUGCUCUCCUCCUGUGUCUAUUUUCAACCAUUCUUCUUUUACUAUAUAUAUUUUUCAUAUUUUUCAUUCUUAAAUGUCCUAAUUACGGUAUUUUUUUUUCUUUUCGCUCCUUUCAGUUUUAUUAGCAUGCAAUGAGUCUUUUGUGCCAAUCUUGCCUGAUGCCUAGAUCUGUGAUUAUUGUGCGUGCCUUUUUGACAUUUUACUUUAAUAUGAUUUUUUCAUCAUUCGUUCAGAUGAGUUGAGAUCUCCGAGCAUGUCAGUCGUAACGUUUGUGCUUCCCUGGCAGCCCUCAGCAGCUGCAGCCCGGCCUCCCCCAGCUUUUAGCCCACCGAGGGACAUCACCUCAGUAGAAAUGGUAAACUAAGACACCAGCAAGAGGCUGCAGCCCAUUUAGCCACUGGCUCACACGCAUUAGACUGUUGUAUACUGAAAGAAGCUAGUCGGCUGAUAUACCACCCCUCACUGCGUUUAGUCGUUCUGGUCAAAAGUCAGGACUCCUCUGAUGAUGCUUUAAUGCAGGAAAAAUCAAAUGUGAGUUCUGCUGUGGCGGCAAAUUGCCUGACAGCUCCUUGUGUUAUUUGCACAGACUUUAGGCUACCUCUGCUUCCUGUCUCGCAUCAGCAUCAUACUCUUGUAGUUUUAGUAAAAACCGUAUACCCGCAUGGAGAAGACAAACCUGCUAGCUGCCUGCUUCCCCUUGUUACCUGGACUCCCACUGACAUUUUUUUUACAGUAUUGUAGCUCCCACCUGUUCAGUUUGAUUUUUCAGUUUAGCCAGCAGUGUCCUUAAAGCAAAGAUCAUGUUGGUGCACGCUCUCUCUCUCUCACACACACACACGCACACACACACACACAGAGGACUUACUAGUGCUAUCAAAUGAGCAGUAGUAGUAUACUGGAACAAAGGUGUGGUUAUGUACAUUUUGUAAAUCUGCCUGAUUCCCUAAAAUCUCAGACCUUACAUGUGAAGGAAGAAUUUAUUCUGCUUUUGUAAUACUGAUUUGCAUUUUCAGCGUCACAAAAUAGCACAAGAGGUUGUAGCAGCUAAUGCUAACACUCUUAGCGAGUUUUCUUUAGCCCUUACAACCCCAUGACUCACACCAGGUUUCUUUAUUAUCUCCUCUGACUCGUGUGAGUGUCAUUAGCAAUUAUUACAUACAAUGCUGAGCAGGCGACUUAUAUUGUUGAGAUGGUGCGGAGACGUCACACUUGGUUGAGGUCAAACAGAUAGAGGAAUGGCACAGAAUGACCUGAAUAAUCUGAACUGAUGGUGGCUCUUCUCUGGAAAAGCAAUAAUAAUUUUUUGCAUUAAAUGUAGUGAUUAUCGUUCGCCACCAUCCUUCAGAAUAAUGUUUUUGAAUAAAAAGCAUUAGUUAAAAGUUACCAUCAUCAUCAGUAUUAAACAUUCUUCUUUAUUUUUCCAGUUUGCACAGAUUCAAUUUCUUACAUUGCGUCAUGUUUCAUUUUUAAUAUUUGGUGUCUCAGCUCAUACUGCAAAGAAAUACUUGAACAUCGUUUCUUAGAACUGUCCUUAUGUGUUGAUAAAAGUGUGAAUUUCCCUUAACAGUUAGAUUAAUCACAUCUGUAUGGUUGACAAAAAACCCCACAAACUCAACAAUGUAACUUUAUGUGUACAGACUUCAUGUGUCUGCCGUCAAAUGUAAUAUAAUGUAAUGCAGAUCUUAAAAUUGUAGAUUCCCAUACACUGUUAAUGCAAAUGAUGAUAAACUGAAAAAUCUA